AUGGCUCGGAUCUUUAGAGACAGGGGAACCCUAGGGGACUCCAAGCAGGAGACGAACGGCCAGUCCCUGCGGCUCUCGUCCACCGCCGCCAUGACCGCCGCUGAUCUCCCUUCCCCCUACGGCAAACUGGGCUGCGCCCUCCUCGAUCCGGAGCUCCGAGAGACCGCCUACGAGAUCUUCGUUGCCGCCUGCCGCUCCACCGGUGGCAAGCCGCUCACCUUCAUUUCCCAGUCCGAGCGCACACCGCCCUCCGCCGAUCGCUCGCUGUCCUCGCCGGCUUCCUCGUCCUCCUCUUCGUCUCUCCAGCGCUCUCUCACCUCGACGGCGGCCAGUAAGAUGAAGAAGGCCCUCGGGAUCAAGUCCUCCAAGAAGAGCCCCGGCAAGGAAAGCAGUCCGUCCAAGGGCUCCAAGCGCCCGGCUACCGUCGGCGAGCUGAUGAGGGUCCAGAUGGGGAUCUCCGAGCAAGCAGACACCCGGAUCCGGCGGGGACUGCUCCGGGCUGCUGCGAGUCAGCUUGGGAGACGCAUGGAGUCCAUGGUUUUGCCACUGGAGUUAUUGCAGCAGUUCAAGGUCACGGACUUUCCUGAUCAACUAGAACAUGAAAGCUGGCAGCUUAGGAACUUAAAGAUUCUUGAGGCUGGAUUACUCUUACACCCUUUUCGUCCAUUAGAAAAAUCAGAUGUUUCAGCACAGCGGUUAAGACAAAUCAUACGUGGAGCUUCAGAGAGACCACUUGAAACAGGAAGAAAUUCAGAGUCAAUGCAGGUUCUACGCAGUGCUGUAAUGGCCCUUGCAUGCAAAGGUUCUGAUGGAUCUGCUUCAGAUACAUGCCAUUGGGCAGAUGGUUUUCCACUGAAUCUCCAUCUGUACCAAAUGCUGCUCGAAGCUUGUUUUGGUAACAGCGAGGAAGGAUCAAUAAUUGAUGAAAUUGAUGAGGUUCUAGAAUUGAUAAAGAAGACUUGGACUAUCCUAGGGAUAAAUCAGAUGCAUCACAAUCUUUGCUUUACUUGGUCUUUAUUUCACCGUUUUGUUACAACUGGUCAAGUUGACAUUGAUCUACUGUUUGCAGCUGAUAAUCAGUUAGCUGAAGUUGAUAAGGAUGCCAAAGAACAAAAGAUUCAGCUUAUUCUAAGAUAUUGA